AUGAGUAACGAAAAGGUUGAUUUGGAUAGAAUCAUAGAGAAACUUCUUUCUGUUCGAAACAGUAAGCUGGGGAGGUUGGUCCACCUUGCAGAGGCAGAGAUAAGAUACUUGUGUGAGAAGUCAACAGAGGUGUUCAAACAGCAGCCUACCCUAGUCGAGGUGAAGGCCCCGGUUAAGAUCUGUGGAGAUGUGCAUGGGCAAUACUAUGAUCUCCUGAAGCUAUUUGAGCAUGGAGGAUUUCCUCCUUCCAGCAACUAUCUGUUUCUUGGGGACUAUGUAGAUAGAGGAAAGCAGUCUUUGGAAACAAUCUGCUUGCUACUAGCCUAUAAGAUAAAGUUUCCAAACAACUUUUUUCUUCUAAGAGGGAACCAUGAGUGUGCCAGCAUCAAUAGGAUAUAUGGGUUUUAUGAUGAAUGCAAGAGAAGAUAUGAUACAACUAUAUGGAAGCUGUUCACUGAGUGUUUCAAUUGGAUUCCCAUUGCUGCUCUUGUUGAUGGCAGAAUUCUCUGUAUGCAUGGAGGGAUUUCGCCCGACCUGAAGAGCAUGGAUCAGAUAAAAGCAAUUGCGAGGCCAACAGAUGUCCCUGAUGAGGGCCUUCUUUGUGAUCUUCUAUGGAGUGAUCCCGACCCUAGCGUAAGAGGGUGGGGAGAGAAUGAUAGAGGUGUUUCUGUGACUUUUGGGCCAGACACUGUGGAGAGGUUUCUUGAGACACAUAACUUGGACCUGAUAUGCAGAGCACAUCAAGUGGUAGAGGAUGGAUAUGAGUUCUUUGCUAACCGAUCCCUGGUCACGGUGUUUUCUGCACCAAACUAUUGUGGAGAGUUUGAAAAUUCUGGUGCAAUUAUGGAUGUAGAUAAGGAUCUUGUGUGCUCAUUUCAGGUUCUCAAGCCUACGGAUUUCAUUAACCAUACAGAAUCCAGGAAGAAGCAGAUGGGGAUGCCUCGCAAAAAGUAA